GUUACUACUCCAUCUACAAACGACAUCGUUUUUUUUAAAAAAUUUAAAACCUAAAAGUAGUUUUUUUAAGGAAAAAAACUUAGAUUUUCCAAGAGGGGUACGCUAUCAGAGUCGCCACCGCUCCAGGCACGUCGCACGCAGCAUCCCGAAAAGUCGCCGCCGUCUGCGGACAGCCUCCGCCGCCGCCUACGCCGCUAGUUCGAGGCCUUCAGUGCUCCUUUCCACCGCCUCCAACCUCCAGGUUUCCAUUCCUCUCCGUCAGCCAUGGCUCGUAACGAGGAGAAAGCGCAGUCGAUGCUGAACCGGUUCAUCUCCAUGAAGGAGGAGGAAAAGAAGAAACCGAAAGAGCGCCGACCUUACCUGGCAUCAGAGUGCAGAGACCUUGCAGAGGCCGACAAGUGGAGGCAGCAAAUAAUGCGGGAAAUUGGCCGGAAGGUGGCAGAGAUCCAGAAUGAGGGUCUGGGGGAGCACCGACUUCGUGAUCUGAACGAUGAAAUUAAUAAGCUAUUGCGUGAGAAAGUGCAUUGGGAAAGACGGAUUGUCGAGCUGGGUGGACCAAAUCACACCAGGCAUUCUGCUAAAAUGACGGAUCUGGAUGGAAAUAUUGUUGAUGUCCCGAAUCCAGGUGGGCGUGGGCCUGGUUACAGAUACUUUGGCGCGGCCAAGAAGUUGCCUGGAGUUCGAGAAUUGUUUGAGAAGCCCCCUGAGUUGCGGAAGAGAAGGACGAGGUAUGAUAUAUACAAGAGGAUUGACGCAAGUUACUACGGGUAUAGAGACGAUGAAGAUGGUAUACUGGAGAAGUUGGAGGGGCCGGCAGAGGAGAAGAUGAGGGCAGCUGCACUGAAGGAGUGGAUGGAUAUGGAGGAGAUAAAGAAAGAAGCAAGGAAGGCGGUGAAGAGCGGGGAGGUGGUAGAGGUUGGGUUGGGAGCGAAAAUAUUGUUCGAGGAAGAAGAGGACGUGGUGGAAGAGGAGAGGAGGGAAAGAGAGAGGGAAAAGGAAAAGGAGUUUGUGGUGCACGUCCCCUUGCCGGAUGACAAGGAGAUUGAGAGAAUGGUAUUGCAGAAGAAGAAGAUGGACCUCUUGAGCAAAUAUGCCAGUGAAGAUUUGGUUGCAGAGCAGACUGAAGCAAAGGCCAUGCUCAAUAUUCACAGAUGAAUCCAUAUCAUGCAGGUUAGCAAUGUGUCAAAACUGUUUGCUCCUUUUAUUGAAGUAAAGACUAAAGUUUCAUGAUAUUGUUUGUUUUUUCAAUCUUGUAAAUCAAUCAAGGAUUAAUGGAGUUGUGCCCAUAUAGUCUAAUGUUCUGUUUUAUGUUGUACUCUGAAAGGCUUUAAGAUUUCUGGCUUUCUUUCUUGAAUUCUCAUACUAGGAUUAGUGAGUGUGAUUUGAGCCGUAGGUCUCUUAGAAACAGUCUCUCUACUGUCGAGGUCGCGUAAGGUACCCUUCCCUAAUCAUACUUUUGUGGGAUUUUU